AUGGCUUCGGGAAAAUACGUCAAGAAAGUCGAUUAUGGAGAAAGCGCAGGUCCUGCCUUCAGGGUCGACAUAGAAGACGAAAGCGGCGAAGUCUUGUUCGCAAAAAAGCACUCUCGGAUAGAGAAGUGUCUCUUCGCAACUGUAGUAGUGUUUGUUACGGUUGCAAUUGUGUUUAUUGUUCUCUACUCCACGCAAGUUUCAAAGACCAGUGAGGGUGAUUCAUCAACUACGGCUAACGAACGAAGUACGUGGGCGCCAAUCACAAGCGAGACAACGGCUUGUUUCGAGCUCCAUUGUAUUUUGACCGCCUCAGGUUAGUUUAAUUAUAAGUUUAUCUAUUUGAAACUUUUUGGAUCCGAGUUGAAGAUAGUUUGCAUCUUGUAUUAAAACGAUAAAUUUUUAUCGAUACCCGAAAAAAUACCCUGUGUGAUGCAUGUUCAUCGAAGCAUCAAAAAUUUUGGCAAACUGUUAAUUGAACAUGACCUGAUUUCCAAAAGAAAGACCGUCCAUUUGAAUAUACAUCUAAACAAUCAAACACUACGGAUCUCAUUUUCAGCGUCAUUGAUCUUAAAUAAUCGUGACAUUCAUAUCAUAUAUGACAGACGAAUUUCGAAUACCAAACUGCAAGAGGCAUGACAACUUCUUAUCUCUAGCUCAAAACUUUUUCUCAUCCAAUAAAAACACUAACAAAAACUAACCAACAAAACUAAACAAACAGAGCUGAACAAGGACAUUCGAUUAAGCCGUCGUAAUUAUGAUUAUCAUAACGUCUCUGACAGUUGUUAGUUUUUUAAAUACCUUUAAUUACUACCAUGUAACAGUACAUUUUGCUGGCAUGCGUUUGUUUCAAAGGUCCAGAUAUUUUUUAAUUAUUAUCAUCAUUAUAAUUUUUUGCGAUCGCUUUUCGUGGUUCCGGCCGAGGGUUUUAACUGGCUUUAUUCUUAUCUUUUGCUCAAAAAUUUUUCUCACCCAUAAACAAAAACACUAACAAAAACUAACCAACAAAACUAAACAAACAGAGCUGAACAUGGACAUUCGAUUAAUCCGUCGUUAUCAUAACGUCUGACAGUUGUUAGUUUUUUAAAUACCUUUAAUUACUACCAUAUAACAGUACAUUUUGCUGGCAUGAGUUUGUUUCAAAGGUCCAGAUAUUCUUUAAUUAUUAUCAUUAUUACCAUUAUAAUUUUUUGCGAUCACUUUUCGUGGUUCCGACCGAGGGCUUUAACUGAAAUGUUGUCUUUUAACCCGAUCAUGUCCAUGUGUUAGCGAAACAAAGUAAAACAGGUCGCAGACAUGACAGAUGUACUAGUAUCUGAUAAGCCUAGGAUGAACUGAACGCUCUAAUCCUAUUCAGACCGGGCUUUUUUUUGUUUUUUUCGCUUCCUGUGACCGGGGGAGAUGGGAAGGGGUCCAGAGGCACCCCUAUAUAACUUCAAAACUGCUCAUACUACGGCCACCUAAAUUUUACAGAAGAGUAUGCUCAUCAUUUCCAACUUCCGGGCAUAACGUGCUUGGAACAACAAUGACGUAAUAAAUUGAAAAUUAAACUCAGCAUCUGCCUUCUGGUCAUGUUAACUUUGACAACUCGUAAAACCAGUGAUUGUAGAAAAAAAAAAGAAAAGGAAAAAGAGAGAAAGAGAGAAACAAAAGUCGACUUUAAUUUAUACUCACGUGGUAGCCACUACUCCACAAGACCAUUCUCGACCCCAGUGCUUACGGGUUUGGGAAUGCGCGCGUAAGCUCUGGGAAACUCUGCGCCGGAGAAGCCAAAAUCUGGCUUUUUGAGCCUCACAGCGCAUGCUCUUUGAUCUAACCAAAACUUUUUGCUUCUUUUAUAUCCACUUCAUCUCGAUAUUCUUGUGCUGCUUCGGUAGUAGAACUGACGAAAUUCAGUUGACGGCCUUGGAGAAUUUUCAGGUAUCCAAGGCUCUUGUGGUAGCUGCUGAGAAAAUACCGUUAAACGUUCGCAAUCACAGAUUUGAAACUUGAAGUUUGCAUAUGCUUGACAUUUGAUUAAAUAUUUCUGUGGACUACUUCACGAUGUGGUAAGUGAGACCCGAAUGGCUUGUUAAGAUAAACGUAUCGAAAUUCCAAUAAAACUUUCCAAAAUAUGAAUGUAGCGUCCUUUUAUUUAUGUUUGUUCAUGAACAUUUUAAAACACUUCAGCGAAGCUUCUUUGAAAUGCGAUAUCGUGGCAAAAGAAGACAACUAAAAAUAUCUAGUCGCAUUGUACACGCAUCACUUUAGGGAACGCUUUACUUUUUCUUUUUUUUCUUGCAAGACUGUUUUUGGGUAAUUUACGACAAGAAGCUCAAGUUUUCAUUCAUACUCGGCCAGUUCGUGUGAAUACGAUAACGUGAAAGUCAAAGAAAAAUUAAAUCAGUACUGUGUCAAGCUUCUUAAAUUAUAGCUGGCAAAGAUGUCGGUGUAUUUUUAUUUUAUUUUUUCACAUUCAAAUCUUUUUCUGGUUCAAUUUUCGAUAUGUAGCUAAGCUAUUUUAUUUGCAAGUUGGAAAAUCCAGUAAUUCUACCUAAUUAGUCGUGCAAAUGCUGUUUUUAAAUCGCUGAAAUCAAGAAUCGGCCGGUAGUAUUUAUUGCCGCACGUCCAGCCACUCUCGUGCAAACUUGAAUGGACCAAUCAGAAACACGUUUAUUGUUUUUUGCUGAAACCAAUCAGAGACAAUCUUGCUCCAGGGUUCCCCAGAGCUCUUGAUCUCUCUCCUCUACACGCGCAGAAAAGCUCUGGGUUGAGAUUGGGCGUCACGGCAAAAGUCAUUUCUAAGCAAGCGCACUACUUCAUUUUUGGGCUUUACGGCACUUUCGGCCUCCAUAAUGGAGGUCGCCGUAGCGAUUUGCCUAAAGUUUGAAAACGCAGGUUUCUUCGUUUACGAGUGGCGGCCGAGUUUUUCGAUGAUGACUUCCAUCAUACACUUCCGACCUCGUUCCUAGUCUCCUCUCCUAUUCGUUGCAUUUCCUUCUGGCAUUAGUCCGGGGGCUCCUGCAUUAUUUUAAUGCAUGAUCUGUAAGGAAAUACCUUCCUUAUUAUAAUUAUGGUAUAUGACUAACUUGAAUAAAGGUUUUCCUUUGGGGAGGAAAACCGUCACAAUAGUACUCUCCUAGGAGAUGACUGUACGAUUUUUAUGACACCAGAAGCGCAUAUAGGUUUUUUACGACACCACUUAAAAAAGGGUUUAAUACUGCGUGACGCACGUUACCUUGAAUGUAUCUUGCAACUUUCGUUACGUGACUCGGCUUUGUUUUGCGCCUGGUACAACAGCCUCCGGAGACUCACCUCCCGGAUCUUGGCAAUCUUUGUGCAUGUUCUGCAUUUUAAUUACAUAAGCGUUGAGUGACGAUAUGUCUUCUGCAAAAUACAUCAAGAAAGUUGAUUACGGAGAACCUUUUCAUUUCCAUUUCGACCCAGAAAGCAGCAGCAAGUUGUCGUUCUCAAGUAAACACUCUCGCAAGGAGAAAUGCCUCUUUGCAGCUUUAUUAGUAUUCGUUAUUGUUGCAAUAGUGUUCGCUGUUCUUUACGCUGUGCAAGUUUCAAAGAAGCCCGCUAAGCCCGGCAGUUCAUCGGCUUCAAGUGAAGGAACUACCCAUGCUCCGAGCACAAACAAAUCAGGUCCGCCAGCGACGUCGGUUUGCAUGGAGCCGCUCUGUGUUCUAAUAGCUUCAGGU